CUUAUUUCAGCGGUAAUUUGAGAAUAAUGAAGAAACUUUUCACAACUAGGAUAAAUUCUCAUGGCAUCAGUGAAAAAUCAUUCGAGCUGCAAAAUUGUAGAUCAUCAUAUAUAGCUGCUUUUGGUUUCAAUCAAUCAGUUGAUAUUUUUGAUCGUCAUGGUGAGAAGAAACUGGAAAUACCUUUACCCGGAGAGGCUAUUUCCAUGUCCUGGGAUGCUGAUGGUGACAAUCUUGCUAUUAUCGAUGAUAAAACAUCUUCCGCUACGUUAUGGGAUUCUCUUUCUUUCAAAAUAAGCCAAAUUCAUACUGGAGUGAGAGAUAACCUAACUGUUUUGUCUUGGUCUAAGGUAGGAAGUCGUUUAGCUAUCGGGACAAGUAAAGGCAACCUUAUCAUAUACAAUCACAAGAAUCUAAAAAAAACAUCGCUUCUCGGAAAACAUACCAGAAGAAUAACAUGUGCUGUGUGGAACAGAAACAACAUUAUAGCACUGGCAAGCGACGAUAAAAGCAUCACUAUAAACUCUUCCGAAGGCGAUUUAAUUAAACACACCGUAAUACAUGAUCAGCCUUUAGGUUUGGACUUUGGCCGGAUGAAACUUGACGUUACCUCCGGAAGUGAAGACAAUACAGUUAGUUGCAUCAUUGGUAAGAAGAAAUUAUUUUUGCUAAAUCUGAACGACAUCGAAAAUCCAUUGGAGCUGGCAUUUCGUCAGGCCUAUGGUGAUUUAAUUGCAUACCACUGGUUCGGUGAUGGAUACAUUAUGGUUGGAUUUUCAUGUGGUUACUUUGUUGUGAUUUCCACACAGUCAAGUGAAUUCGGAAAAGAGAUCUAUCAAAUUUGUGAUCAUAAAGAUAGUUUACAUGAUAUUUCAGUGUCUACGGUCUUAAAUCGAUGUGCAACUGUGGGAGAUCGUUGCGUCAAAAUCCAUGACCUUCAAAAUAUUCGUGAACUAACUGCAAUUAUUGAAUUGGAGCAGCAAGAAGAAGAACUGAAUAAUUCAAAUAAUAACAACAAUAAUAUGAGUACUGGAAGUAUUGACAAUAAUCUAUUGAAGUAUCAGUUACAAUGGUCAGAUGAUGGACAAUUAAUGGCUAUUUGUACACCACAAAAACUUUUACAUGUAUUUCUAAGCCAAUUACCAUUGUUAGCUUCAUUAGCUUCUCCAAAUAGUACAAAUCUAUUGGCAAGAUUAACUUCUUUGUUGGAGGUUACUGUGGAACCUAUUCCAAAUGCUAAGCAAAUAGCUGACUUACCUGAACUAUAUCGUUCAUCGUAUUUAUUAAAAAUUGAAACGGAACCAACGUUUAUUGGUCUUGGACAAAAAUAUCUAUCUGUUGGGAUAAAUAAUCAUGCUUGGUUUUAUGAAUUGACCAAAUCAGAAAUCGUGUUAAUAUCGGAAUAUGAUUAUUUGACUACUGUGGAUCGAAUAAGCUUGAAUGAAAGUUAUGCUGCAGCCUGUGGACCAGAUGGAAAACUUACAUUACACUGGAUAAAUCCCAAAACGUUUCCUGACAAAUCAGAUAUGGCAAGAAGUCAAAAUAAAUUAAACAAAACUUUACGAAAUGAUGAUACCAACCAUUUAUCACAUGAAUCUUGUAUAUUUCCUCAGUCAACUUCAUUUGAUUUAAAGAUUACAUCGUUUAAAUUAACUAAUGAUUUUCUAAUUUAUUCAACAAAUCAUGGUGAAAUAUUUCAUUUCAAUAUUUCGAAUUGGAAUUAUGCGAAUAAUUAUCAGCAUAAUUGUUCCAUACUUCAUAUUUUUCCUAAUGCAAUUGGAACACGUGUAGCAUUUGUCGAUGAGAAAGGUUUGGCUUUUAUUUAUAAUCCAGCUAAUGGUCAACUCAUAGAAAUUCCAGAAUUUUGCCCCUCAAUAAAUAAUAUUUUAUGGGAUUUAGAAGAUACAGAGAAUCCUUUGUUGAUUGCUUACGACAAUUUACGAAUCAAUGUUUAUCGUUACUUUAUGAAUGAAUGUAUACUAAAUAACUUAUCAGUAAUAGCAUCAUCAAGAAAAGUUGAUGAUAUAUUGAAGAUACCGACGAAGCAAAUUACUGAUAAAAUUCAAAACGAUCCCAUUCUCAUUACAAAUCGUAAUAAAAAUAUAAAUAAUGACACAGCUAGAAGUAACAGUGUAACAUCAACUAAAUUUAGUAAUGAUAAGACCGAUUCUAACAAAUUAACUACUGAAGCAAUAUUUGGAAAUUGUCAUUUAAUUGGAGUUACACGUCUACCGAAUAAUCAUUUACCAUUGUGCAGUAUAAAUGGUGAAUUAUGUAUGCUUAGUCCAACUGGACGCUUAUUAACUCAAUUAUUAACAACACAUCAAUUUCGAUUAUAUACUAAAAGAAAAGGAUUAACUAUUGAUGAAAAAAAUUUCGAAUUUACCGGAAUAAAAAAGUUAUCCUAUCAUGAUAUGGUUACCUACUUUGAACAAGCUUUAAAAUGUGGCUGCUCUGAAGUUGCCGAAAUAUUUGCUAAUCAUCUGGAUUCACAACAAAUAUGGAGUCAAUUGGGUAUGAGUUGUUUACGUGUUAUGAAUUUUGACCUAGCAAUCAGGUGUUUUCGAUCUAUUCAAGAUCCUGGUCUUAUUUUAGCUGUACAACGAAUUCAAAAGAUUGAAGAUCGUUGUUUACUUGCUGGCUAUAUUGCAAUGAUUUUAAAAGAAUUUGAUAAAGCACAAGAAUUAUUUUUAAUCUCAUCGGAACCAAUUGCAGCAUUAGAAAUGAGACGAGAUCUUUUACAUUGGGAAGAUGCACUUCAAUUAGCACGUAAUUUAGCACCAAAAGAAAUCCCGUUUAUAUGUCGUGAAUACGCUAUAGAAAUGGAAUAUACUGGUGAUUAUAUCAAUGCUUUAAUGCAUUAUGAACGUGCGUUAAAUCCAUCUAGUGAUAAUAAUGAAGAUAAAUCUUUAUGGAAUUCUAAAGAGAAGCACCAACCAUCACAAAAAAAAAGAUAUGAUUACAAUAAAGAAGAAUGGUCAAAACAUAUCAAUUUGUGUAAUGCUGGUAUUGCACGAAACGCCAUUCGUCUUGGCGAUUUAAAAAGAGGUAUUGAAUUGGCUUCCACAAGUGGAAAUUCUAGUCUACAAAAAGAAUGUGCUGAUAUUUUAGAAAAGUGUAAACAUUGGAAAGAAGCGGCUAAUCUAUACGAAUUAGCUGGAUGUUAUGAAUCAGCAGUAACUGUUAAUCUGAAAUGUAAAAAUUAUAUAAAAGUUAGUGAAUUAUUAAUGCAUGUUACAAAUACACCACGAUUACAUUUACAAUAUGCCAAAGCACGUGAAACUGAUGGAGCGUACAAAGAUGCAGUUGAAGCUUAUGAAGCAGCACAUGAUUUCGAUUCAGUAAUAAGAUUACAACUUGAAAAGUUGAAUAAUCCUAAUGAAGCUAUUCGUAUACUAAAUAAAUCGCAUAGUAUCGAGGGUGCUAAAAUGAUUGCACAAUAUUUCAUUAGAAAUAAUGAUCAAACUAAAGCCAUACAAUUUCUUGUAAUAUCCAAAUGUUUCAAUAUUGCAUUUGAUUUAGCAAGAAAACAUAAAAAAAUGGAAUUGUAUGCAGAGGCUAUCGGUUUGAAUGCAUCUGUCAGUGAAUAUCAAAAUAUUGCAUGUUAUUUUGAAAAUGAAAAGAAUUGGUAUUUAGCUGGUAAAUAUUAUUUAUUAGCUAAACAAUAUGAAAAGGCCAUCAAACAUUUACUUCAUGUACCUUAUCGAGAAAAUAGUCCAGCUAUCGAUUUAGCACUUGAAGUAGUUGGUGAAGCUAAUGAUAGUCGUUUAACACAUUUAGUUAUUGUUUAUUUAAUGGGUGAAACUGAUGGUAUAGUGAAAGAUGCCAGAUACUUAUUUCGUUUAUAUAUGGUUUUAAAACAAUAUAAAGAAGCGGCUAGAACAGCUGUGAUUAUAGCUAAUGAAGAACAAAUCAAUGGAAAUUAUCGAAAUGCACAUGAUUUGUUGUUCAGUAUGGUACAAGAAUUAAGACAAAGAAAUAUCCAUGUUCCAUUUGAAAUGUUUGAAAAUUUAACUUUGUUACAUUCUUAUAUACUUGCAAAGGUUCAUGUUAAAAAUGGUGAACAUUUACAUGGCGCCAAAAUGUUAAUUCGUGUAUCAGAGAGUAUAAGUAAAUUUCCUGCUCAUAUUGUUCCAAUUUUAACAAGUACUGUUAUUGAAUGUCAAAAAGCUGGUUUAAAAUCAACAAGUUUUAGUUAUGCUGCAAUGUUAUUACGUCCUGAAUAUCGUGAUAAAUUAGAUGUAAAAUAUCGUCGUAAGUUUGAAACACUUGUACGUAGAACUGAUUUAAAAACUGAUAAUGUUGGAGUUUCGUCAGGUGAUAAUGGUUCAAUAUUAAAUCAAACGAAUUAUUCUGUUACUGAAACAUCUACACCAUGUCCAUCAUGUGGAUCACCUUUACUAGAGACUAGUUUAUACUGUACUGAAUGCAGAAGUACUAUACCAUAUUGUGUGAUCACAGGUUAUCAUGUUGUAAAAAAUGAUUUCGCCACAUGUCCUGGAUGCCGAUUUCCUGCAUUAUACAGUGAACUUAUGAAAUAUGUUGAAAACUAUCCAACACCAAUUUGUCCAAUGUGUAAUAUUCAUUUAACACGUGAUUGUAUUCGACGUUUAAUUGACUCAAAUGAUAUUUUAAAUCAAUGGAUUAAUUCAUUGAAUGUUGAUAUAUGUGAGGAUGAAUCAAAUGAGAAGAAGAAUAUAGAAUUGAGUAAAUAAACAAUAUUAAUGUGAUAAAGUAAUGAGAAUAUUUAUUCCGAUGAUUUAAAAUAAAAGUUUGUUUUUCUUUUCAUUAUAAUAAAAAAAUAAAUUUUAAAAAAUGAUUAUCAUUUACUGUUCUAAAAUGGAAAAAUUUUUUCAUUAUAACAGAAAUUUCGGGUUUGUGAGCACCUACCAGUGUGGUUAAGCAACUUACUUACUUACUUGCACCUGUUACUCCCAAUGAAGCAUAGGCAGCCGACCAACAUUCUCCAACUCACUCUGUGAUAAUCCUUACUUUGUAGUUUUAACCAAUUUUUGUUCAUUCUUCUCAUGUCUGUUUCCAUUUCUCGGCAAAAUGUGUUUUUUGGUCUUCCUCUACUCCUUUGACCCUGAGGAUUCCAUGUGAGGGCUUGUCUUGCGACACAGUUGGGUGCUUUCCCCAAUGUGUGUCCUAUCUAAUUCUAGCGCUUCUUCCUCAUUUCUUCCUCCACUGGAAUCUGCUUUGUUCUCUCACACAGUAGGUUGUUGCUAACAGUGUCCGCCCAACGGAUCCGAAGUAUUUUGCGCACAGAGCAGUUAAUAAGCACUUGUAUCUUCUUAAUGAUGGCUUUCGUAGUUCUCCAAUUUUCCGUCCCAUACAGUAGAACUGCCUUGACAUUUGUAUUGAAAAUUGUGACUUUGGUGUUGGUUGACAAUUGUUUUGAGUUCCAGAUGUUCUUCAGUUUUAAAUAUGCUGCUCUUGCUUUGCCGAUCCGUGCUUUCACAUCUGCAUCAGAUCCACACUGUUCAUCAAUGAUGCUGCCCAAAUAUGUAAAGGAUUUUACAUCUUCCAAAUCUUCUCCGUCAAUUGUGAUUCGAUUGAUGCAUGCUGUGUUGUAUCGGAGAAUCUUGCUUUUCCCUUUGUGUAUAUUGAGACCUACUGCUGCUGAUGCUGCUGCUACACUGGUUGUCUUCUCUUGCAUUUGUUGUUGCGUUUGGGAUAGAAGGGCCAGAUCAUCUGUGAAGUCUAGAUCGUCCAACUGCAUCCUAGAUGUCCACUGUAUUCCGUGCUUCUCCCCAGAUGUUGACGUCUUCAUGGUCCGCUCGAUCACCAGGAGGAAGAAAAAGGGUGAAUGAGCAACCUUACCUGACACCUGCUUUUUCUUCGAACGAGUCUGUCAGCUGUCCUCCAUACGCGAUUUUGCGGUUCAAUCCAUAAUGGGAAUUCCGUAUGAUAUUGACUAUCUUGUCGGGCACAGCUUAGUAUUUAAAAAGCUUCAAUAGUGUUUUUCUGCACACUGUAUCAAAUGCUUUCUCUUAGUCAAUGAAAUUGAUGUAGAGUGGUAAAUUCAAUUUAAUUUAUUGUUCCACAAUGUUCCGUAGUGUCACGAUUUGGUCAGCACACGAUCAAUCCUUACAGAAUCCAGCUUGUUGGUCUCAAAGUUGGUCGUCUACGGAGUCCUUUAUUCUGUGCAAAAAUACCCUGUUGCAGACGUUUCCUUGUAUUGAGAGAAGAGUGGUGCCUCUGCAGUUCCCACACUCUCUGAAAUCGCCGUUCUUACACAGUUUCAAAAUUAACGUAUAGUUAAUCCCCAGUGAAGUAUAUCUUAAAAUACCUAACUUGUUAGUAAACUGUAGUGAACGAGAACACAAGUGUAGACAAUCAGAUGUAUUUGGACACAAAAUUACAGAGCAUCUUAGUAAAAUCUAAGAACCAUACAGUAAAUACUUCAUUUGUAAAGUGUCAGUCAGUCAUCUCAGACUUAUUUCGUUUCACACCAUACUUUCUCUCUUCUCGUUCUCAUUUCUUUGAUCAUCUUAGCCUUUUACCACCAGGUAUUUCACUUUCGAUUGUUUGAUACACACUACUUAUUUCUGUCGACAUCAGUAGAACAUAUCACAAACCAUAUUUCAAAUUACCAUGUUCGGAAUGCAAUUUUCCCCCUCGAAAUGCAAAAUGUUGCUUCAGGAUUGGGCUGCAUGGACACCUGAACUAAUGAUAGGGAGUUAAGUAAGUGAGCGUGUCGACCGCUUCACUUAUCUGGGAAGUCUCAUCAACUCUUGAGGUCUGGUGUGUGACGAAGUCUCAGCACGGAUACAAAAGGCUGGACUGGCUUUUGCCACCUUGCGUCAUUUAUGGCGUAGGCGAGAUAUCCGUCUACUAACCAAAGGACGGGUUUACUAUGCAGCAGUUCGUUCCGUCCUACUUUAUGGCAGUGAAAGAUGGCCGGUAAGAGUAGAGGAUAUUCGCAGGUUACUAGUAUUUGAUCAUAGGUGUCUUCAAAGUAUUGCUCGUAUAUCCUGAGGCCACCGAGUAAAUAAUGCAGUUAUUAGGAAACGGGUACUACUGACUCGAAUCAAAAACUACAUCUCUGUGCUAAUGUGGUAUGGCAACUCGAACUGCCGUACAUACGUACGAAGUUCUAUGUUAUUACUGACUGACUGAUCUUUAUUUGAGUAAACUAGACAUAUUAAUUUGGAAUUAUGUCUGAUAUUUGUUUUGUUAUAAUGACAUCGUGGGUAUAUUUCAUUUUAUCUGAUGGACAUCUAUUUAUAAAAAGGAUAAGUUUUCUUUAAUCUUUUUCUGAAUAAAACUUUUCUUUCUAUCUAGAACCCACGACCAGUAGGUCCCGGGUUCGAAUCCCGCGAAGUAGUCAUGGAUGCGCAGUGCUGAGGAGUCCCACAAUAGGACGAAACGGCAGUUCGGUGCUUUCAGGUUUUUCAUGGUGGUCUAGCUUCAAAUGACUCAUGAUCUCAACUAUAAAAAUUAUCAUUUGUUGGAAGUUCAUUAUUAAUUUUCUUUAUACGGUCGCAAUAGUGACCUUUUUCAACUGUGCAGUAUCAUACACACUAAUAAGUUUAGUUAAAAUGUUAUUUACUAAAACCAAACAAUUAUCAAUUCCUAUUAUCAACGUAAUCAUCUGAGUUUGUCAAAUUAAAACAAUGAGUGAUAAAUACUAAUCGAAUCCGUGUGAAGAAAGAGCGCAACAUUAGGAUGGUUUAAAAUUCCUUCAGAGUUUAGUCUUUUAAAAAAUCUGAUUAAUUAUUCAUAUAUGGAUAAGUAUAAAUAUACGUGGUGAUUUGUAUUAGGCGUCUGAAAUAAACAGAAGUUCUUUAAAUGCGUAGAAUAGUUUACAGAAUUUGUGAGUAAAAGCAAAACGUCGAAGUAGAUAUUAUUAAUCACAAAUAAUUUGCUAUUGGUAGGGCUCCGAAUUAUCAUAUUUUUAAUAUCUACGACUGGAUAUUGGUCAGUCGCUAUUUUUAUUUGUGGAUCGUGGGCGGGUUGCUUCUAUAUGGCCAUGUCGUUGAAGGUUACUUAAAAUAGAUGAUUUGCAGCUAACCAUAGAAUCCAGAACAUGUAUAUCUUUCUAUUUAGGACUCGUCAGUUGUAUAUAUCAGAAUCCGGGCUGUGAAACCGUAACUUAUGGCUUCAAACAUUCAACUCAUAGUCUAAUGAGAUGCCGGCUCCAGGAGUCUAUUA